UGUAAACAACUGAUGAAGAUAAUUCCACCCGAUUUGAAUUUGUACUUUAAGUACAUUUUUUGAUUGAGAUGGAUAAGUUGGAAGUAGAGUUGCGUUCCUUUGAGCCAAAUGACAAAUAUGAGUGUCAUACACUAUUUCGCAGAGGUAUGAUGGAGGUAAUCCCGUCACUGUAUGCGAUCGAAGUCAAGGGAUACCUAAAGUGUGCACUGUUCUUGGUCCCCGUUAUUGCUUUAACAUUAACGUGGUCAUUGCGCGAUGUCAUCGUGCUUCUAUGCUUAUGUGCAAUCAUAGCUGCUUUGGUCUACAUUCAUAUAUAUUUCACAAUGACGAGAUUCAUUCAUCACUCCUUAUCUGAUGACUUACAAGACGUUGCUAAAGUUUAUCAAGAUGGUUCGUGUAUGUUUGUAGCCGUUCUUAAUGGAGCGAUUGUUGGUAUGGCUGGUGUUUUGCAUAAUGACCAACACAAGCCAGGACAUGCGGAGGUUCUUCGAAUGUCUGUAAACCCAUCGAUACGUAARCGAGGAAUAGCAACGAAAUUAUUAAAGGCCAUUGAACACUUCUGCAACGACAACAACUACACAAAACUGACUCUUAAAACAACAAGUGGCCAGUAUGCUGCCAUGGCCCUAUACGAAAAGAACGGCUUUAAGGAGAUACGAAGACAACAACCAGCGUUUUUCGUUCAUUUUAUCAAGCAAGUUAUGUACGAAAAAAUGUUGACUCAAAGAAUCUAGAUAAAUAAGAACCGACAUUUUUUACCAGAGGUGAUCAAUAUCCUUUUGGAGUCUCACUGUU